AUGCAGCAGCAUUUAGUAGUCCUUUUGCUGAUGCAGCAAAAAAGACAAGUUAUAAUCCUCCGCAGCAGUACGAUGCAGCAGCAGCAGCUGCAGCAGCAGCAGCAGCAGCAGCAGCAGCUGUGCCACAACAGACCACUUACCCGCAACUCGCAGCAUAUACAGGUGUUGAUGUAUACCAACAUGCUGCAGCUGCUGCUGUAUAAUAAUGCAUGCAUUCCCCCUAACAGCACAUCGUUUGCUCAUGGCUCUGCCCUGCAUGGAUCAUCUGUAUUAACACAGCAGCAGCAACAGCAGCAGCCGCAGCAGCAACAGCAGCAGCAGCCGCAGCAACAACAGUCGUCACAACAGCAACAACCACAACAGCAGCAACAGCAGCAACCGCAGCAAAUAGUUGCAUCAUCGUCAUCAACUGCAUCAACAGCAACAACAGGAGCAGCAGGAGCAACAGGAUCAACAGCAGCAGCAGCAGCAACAACAGCAGCAGGAGAUGAGCAGCAAAUAACAUGUACACAAGAAAUAGCGCAUGCAUUUGUUUAUCAAUAUUAUCUUAUGUUACAUGAAAAUCCAACAGAUAUCUAUCGGUUCUAUGAUGAAGAUUCUAAGGUACACCGCAUAAGCGAUCGUUAUAAUGAUGAGAAUUCGAGUGGAUGGUAUGUACAUACGGAGUUGUUUGUUUAUCUUGAUGCAUUUGCUGCUGAUGUAGCAGAGAAGGCUGCUGCUGCUGCUGCAGCAUCUGCUGCUGCUUCUACUAAGAAAGAACUACAAUUAGAACAGAAGCAGCAACAGCAGCAACAACAAAAGACAGAACGUCGUCAACAGCAGCAACAGCAGCAGGCUGAACAGGAGAGGAAGAGACAGGAUCAACAGCAAGCAGAGCAGCAGGCGCAGGUGCAGCAGCAACAGCAACAACAGCAAGCUCAACAGCAACAACAGCAGCAACAGCAGCAAGCUCAGCAGCAGCAGCAGCAGCAGCAGAGCAAGCCUGAGGCAGCAGCUGAGGCACCAAAGACUUCAGCAUCCACUGCAGCUGUUUCCGAGGAGCAUUCUCCUCCUGCAGCAGCAGCAGCACCUGCACAGCAGCAGGAGGAGCAGCAGCAACAGCAACAGCAACAGCAACAGCAGCAGCCAGCUGCUGCAGCAGGGUCUGAAGGUGCAGCAGCAGAAGCGGGAAAGCAGCAGGGAGGUGCGGAUACAGCUGAAGUGCAGCAGCAGCAGCAGCACGCAAAGACAGCACAAAGAAGCCGCAACAAAUGGCAGAAACAAGAAGCAACAGAUAAACCUGAGGAAGCAUCUCCUAAUUGGCCUAAACCUGGUCAGGCACCACAGAAGGUCCCUUCUGCUGCUGAGCAGCAGCAGCAGCAGCAGCAGCAGCAAAAGAAGCAGCAGCAGCACAACUACGAUCCACAGAGCUUUGCCUAUAAAGUAUUACAAAAUGUUCGUCCUGUUGCACAGAGAGGCUUUGCUGUACCUGCAACACCUCCUUCUGAGCAUAAAAUAAACGGGCGGGAGCAUGCAAACAGCAGCAGCAGCAGCAGCAGCAGCAGCAGCAGCAGCAGCAGCGGUGUCCAACAGCAUCAGCAGCAGCACAACAACAACAACAGCAGCAACAACAACAACAACAACCAGCAACAGCAACAGCAGCAGCAGCAGCAGCAGCAGCAACAGAGGCGUCUAAUAGUACUAGGGGAUAUACCCCAUCUAUCUAUGGAUGAAUUUUAUGCAUGCAUACGUGUAGACUACGUACGUCCUCGUGGUAUAGGUGGGGGACGGGGAUCGGGUAGGGGAUCGGGUAGAGGUGGUGGGAGGGGAGGUGGUGGGAUCGGGAGCGGAUCCCAUGGGGGAUCGGAUGAAGCAGCAGCAGCAGCAGCAGCAGCAGCAGCAGGAGCAGCAGGACCAGGAGGUGCUGUAGCAGCAGCUGCAGCAGCAACAGCAACAGGAGGAGAGGAAGGAGGAGAAGGAGGACAAUGGACAGAUCCAAGUAAUAGAAGAAGACAAAGAGGAGGAGGAUGGGGAUCGGGGAUCGGUGGUGGGAUCGGGGGACGAGACGGUAGCCAUAGAGGAAGGGGAGGAGGAGCAGCAGCAGCAGUACGUGGAGGGGGUCCAAGAAAUAAUAAUAUAAGGAAUGAAUAG